GCAAUAUAUCGCGAUGGCCACCUGGGACGGCUCAUUCCCGGAGGAUCCGAAUUAUUGCACAUAUUCCACUCGAGACACGGAAGACAACUGGACAUACUUCAACGAGAACUCGUCGUAUCUGCGAAACGUCCCCGCGAGGAGCUACUAUCCGGGAACAGGAGGUCAACCAGCUUACGAGCAGAAUAGACCCGCCAACGCUUUCUAUCAGCAUCCGUCAAAUAUGGUGCCUUUAGAAAAUACUUAUCAGGGACACAUACUGCCAAGCUCAUCGUCCGUUGCAAGCGGCUGGCAAACAUCAAACAAUCCGCGUUCCGUCAACGGCAUCGCCUCGGCUUCGCGUAACGCGCCCUUCCGCGACAAUCACAAGCCGAGAUCCAAGAGUAGCAGAACGAUCGAUAAGCCUACUUCGUCGGAAGGGGAUAUCAUCCAGUCCAGCAUAGUGCAAAACUCAAAUUUACACGCUACAGCCAACGAAUUCGUGCCAAACAGUGUUAGAUUAAAUAAGGACAGAUUUAAUAAAAAGGAUGAUUACAAUAAUGCGGCGAGAAAUAACUUUGAUGUGCAGGAUUUCAGGGCGAGAUCAAUUAACAAGUUUACGUCUUCGACGGAUAAUAGAUACAAGGGUGAGAAACGUUUUAACAACAGAAAGGAUAUGAAUUAUAGGCAAAAGAAUCCGCAAGACACACAGGUCCCACCAAGAUCUAAAUACAGAGAUACUCAGAAUAGUGGGAGAAACUAUAAUAAAUUUCAGAAUAGUAAAUAUUAUAAUAGAAGACAUCAAUCGGAUGCAUCAUUUGUAGAACAAUAUGGUACUGGAAGAGCUUGUAUACCAAUUGAAUUCAAUGGUUCAUUCACGUUUGAUAGUCAGGAAAAUAAGGCUUCUGCUAGAGAACUUCAAGAGAAUGACUCAUCCUCGGAUAUUGGUCGAAGCAGAGAGGAAACAUGCGAGGAUAAUAAUUCGGAGAAAAAUGCCUCCUUGAAAGUUCUUGAGACACAACGAAAUAAUAAAUCCAAGCGAUUCACGGACCACGCUAACGCGUCUAACUAUUAUAGAUACAAUUAUAAAUACAAACAUCAUUAUAAAUAUAAUUCAGACGAUGUACAGUCCGAACCUGGUGGUAGACAUAAAACUGCAGCUGCUACAAAAUAUAUACAUAAAAGAAACAAUAAAGUGACAGCAAAUCAUAAAGAGAAGAACUUGGAAAAUUGGAGAGAUAAGACGGAAGAUAAUGAGGUAGCACGUAUACAGGAAAAAAAUAUUAAAAAAAAACAUAAAAUAGAUGAUGACGCGAGUCAAAGAGAAAGAUUGACGGAACAAUUGAACAGGGGAAUAUUAGAAUGUUUAGUGUGUUAUGAGCAUAUCAAACAAAGCGAAUACGUUUGGUCUUGCAUUAACUGUUAUCAUGUAUUGCACCUAAAAUGCAUAAAAAAAUGGGCGAAAUCAUCUCAAAGCGAGAAUGGAUGGAAGUGCCCAGCCUGUCGAGACAUUAGCUUUCUCGUACCGGAGGAUUAUUUCUGCUUCUGCGGAAAGAGAAAAAUGCCAGAGUGGAAUCGCAGAGACGUGGCGCACUCAUGUGGCGAGAUCUGCGGUCGAAAUCUGUCUAAAAACAAUUGCACGCAUAAAUGUACCCUGCUCUGCCAUCCCGGUUCUUGUCCGCAAUGCGUGGCGAUGGUUACAAAGUAUUGUGGUUGCGGAAGAAUGUCAAAGAUGUUACUGUGCAGUGCUCAUGAACUGUUACAGUGCGAUUCGAUAUGCGAAAAAAAUCUAUCGUGCGGCAAGCAUACUUGUCAGAGAAAAUGUCAUCAGGGAGAAUGUGGGCCUUGCAAUGAAACUGUGCAACAAACUUGUUUUUGUGGUAAAAAAACUCAGGAUGUACCUUGCCGAGCAAAUGUCACAGAUACAUAUUUCUGUAAUAAUAUCUGUAACAAACCAUUGGACUGUGAGAAACAUUAUUGUCAAAAAGUCUGCCAUUCAGAAGCAUGCGAUCCUUGCUCCUUGACGCCUGAGAGAGUUACAACAUGUUGUUGCGGUCAAACGCCAUUAAUGGAGAAGAGAGAGAGUUGCUUGGAUCCUGUGCCCACCUGUGACAAAAUCUGUUCUAAGCGUUUGAAAUGCGGUCAACCUAGUAAUCCACAUAUUUGCAAAGCACCAUGCCAUGUCGAUGAAUGUCCGGACUGCGACUUGAAUACCGAUGUCAAGUGCCGAUGCGGUAACAUGGAUCGCGAGAUCGCUUGCAAGGAUCUGACAAGUAAAGCCGACGACGCACGCUGCGAGAAGCGUUGUAAAAAGAAACGAUCUUGCGGCAAGCAUAAUUGCAAUCAGCUGUGUUGCAUCGACAUCGAGCAUAUCUGCCCGUUGCCGUGUUCAAAGACGUUAAGUUGUGGUCGGCACAAGUGUCAGGAGAGAUGUCACAUUGGGAGAUGUGCGCCUUGUUGGCAGAGCAGCUUCGAAGAACUAUACUGCGAGUGCGGUGCUGAGGUGAUUUAUCCACCGGUACCAUGCGGUACAAGAAGGCCCGUUUGCAAUCGACCAUGUUCUCGCGAGCAUCCUUGCGAUCAUGAAGUGUUGCAUAAUUGUCACAGCGAGCCCGCGUGUCCGCCUUGCAGCGUCUUGACUCAGAGAUGGUGCCAUGGUAAACACGAACUUAGAAAGGCUGUGCCAUGCCACGUGAAAGAGAUCUCGUGCGGUCUACCGUGCAACAAGCCGCUAGCGUGUGGACGACAUAAAUGCAUCACAAUGUGUCACGCCGGGCCAUGCGAAAGACCUGGACAACAAUGCAUACAACCUUGCAGCACGUCGAGGGAGCUAUGUGGACACAUCUGUGCCGCUCCGUGUCACGAAGGCAAGUGUCCAGAUACACCUUGCAAAGAAAUGGUUAAGGUUACAUGUCAGUGUGGACAUAGGACUAUGAGUCGUGUUUGCGCUGAUAAUGCGCGAGAAUAUCAACGGAUAGCAAGCAACAUACUAGCCAGUAAAAUGGCCGACAUGCAGCUCGGUCAUUCCGUCGAUUUAGAAGAAGUAUUUGGGCAAGGCGCGAAGAAACAAAAUCAGCUAAAAACCCUGGAGUGCAAUGAUGAGUGUAAAACAAUAGAGAGAAAUAGGAGACUCGCUCUAGGACUGCAGAUCGUCAAUCCUGAUUUGAGCGGCAAGUUGAUGCCCAGAUAUACUGAUUAUAUGAAACAAUGGGCCAAAAAAGAUCCACAUUUUUGCCAGAUGGUCCACGAGAAACUGACAGAAUUGGUCCAACUGGCGAAAACAUCUAAGCAAAAGUCUCGAAGUUACUCGUUUGACAUUAUGAAUAGGGAAAAGCGCCAUUUCGUGCAUGAGUCAUGUCAACACUUUGGCUGUGAAAGUCAAGCAUAUGAUGAAGAACCGAAAAGAAAUGUAGUCGCCACUGCUGUAAAAGAUAAGUGUUGGCUACCAAGCUAUAGUUUAUUAGAAAUGGUGCAGCGGGAGAAGGGACAAAGAAAAGUUCCAGGACCAGUACUUAACGCUUCUAAGGGAAAUAGUUCUACAAAGACUGUUCUUUCAUUACCCAUAAAACAGAAUCAGAAAUCACUACCAUCAUCAUCAACUGCAAAAACAAUUGAUAAGGAAAUAGAUUAUUUUGACUAUCAAGGAUGAAUCGGUAAAUAAUAAUUAAUGUUGUGUUAAAGGAAACAAAACUUUAUAAUGAACUGUAUAAUGUGUAUCAUAAACGAAGGUUAUGAACUUAUUACAAUUGUAAUUAUACAAUGAAUACGAACAUGAUUUUGUAAGUAGAAAUGUAAAACACAUUAUAGUGUUAUCUAUCAUUAUCAUUUUUUUUUUUUUCUGUUCAUACUGAAUGUGAGUUUUAAUUAAAGCAAAUUCAUUAAGUUUAUUAAAAAUUAAGUUUAUAUAAAAAUUUAACAAUAACAAUUUUUUAUGUCUACAAAAGAUUUUUAUGGAUUAAUUAUUGGCAAAAAGAAUAUUAUUUUAUCAUAUAAUUCAGAACAUUUGGACGAUAUA